AUGGGUGUUACUGGGCUGUGGACCGUGGUUGCCCCCACCGCCCGUCCAACCCAACUCGCCUCGCUGAAUCGGAAACGCCUGGCCGUCGAUGCCUCCAUCUGGAUCUACCAAUUCCUCAAAGCGGUGCGGGACAAGGAGGGCAAUGCCCUACGCAACAGCCACGUCGUCGGCUUCUUCCGCCGCAUAUGCAAACUGCUCUACUUUGGCAUCAAGCCCGUGUUUGUGUUUGAUGGCGGGGCACCGGUACUGAAGCGAGAGACCAUCCGGAAGAGAAAGAGAAGACGGGAGGGUAGACGAGAGGAUGCGGCGAGGACGGCGGGAAAGUUGCUCGCCGUGCAGGUUGCUCGGGCGGCCGAGGAAGAGGAAAAGAGGCGGAGAGCGGACCGAGAGAAAACACCCGAAGAGGAGUUACCGGCGGACCAAGACUUGGUGUACGUUGAAGAGCUGGGCAUGACGAAGCAAGAACGCUCGGCUGGUCGAGGCGAAAAAUUCAGGAAGAAAGACCAGUACCAUUUGCCCGACUUGGAUGUGAGCCUUGAAGAGAUGGGUGCGCCAAACGACCCGCGGAUCAUGUCUCAGGCCGAAUUGGAAGAGUACGCGCGACAAUUUCAUUCGGGCGAGGAUAUCAACCUCUACGAUUUCAGCAAGAUUGAUUUUGAAAGCCCUUUCUUCCUCUCCCUCCCAGCAGGAGAUAGGUACAACAUCCUGAAUGCCGCGAGGUUGAGAUCGAGGCUGAGGAUGGGCUACUCCAAAGAGCAGCUCGACGGCAUGUUUCCCGACCGCAUGGCUUUCUCGAAGUUUCAGAUCGAGAGAGUCAAGGAGAGAAACGAGUUGACGCAACGGCUCAUGCACUUGAACGGUAUGGUGGAAGGAGACUUUCUGAGAGAGGGCGGUGGCAGGAUCGCUGGUGAGAAGGGGAAAGAAUAUAUUCUGGUGAAGAAUGAAGGGGUGGAGGGCGGAUGGGCGCUGGGUGUAGUGUCGAACAGACAGGGUACCGAGAAGGAGAAUGCAAUCGAUCUGGAAGAUGAGGGAAAGUCUGAAGUCGCUUUCUCUGCAGACUCGGAUCAGGAUGAGUUCGAAGAUGUCGCGAUUGAAGGCCUGAACCGGCUCCCAAAAACAUGGGCUCGGAAGAGGAAAGCUGGCGUUGAUUAUGACAUGUCGUAUGAGGAGGUGGCAGAAGAGAUCGCGAGAAAGAGGAAAGCAGUAUAUGAAGCAAGGAAGGCCGCUUCAACCGCUACCCAAGCUGCUCCGAAGACUACACGGCCUUCCCAUCCUCCCGUUCGGGACAUACCCAUGGAAACGGCCGAGGAGUCGUUAUUUGUCCCAGAGGACAAAACAGGGCCCGAGGACGAGGACGAUUUAUUUGAGGAUGUUUUGCCCCUAUAUCCUGAGCCGGAUGAGCAUGACGAGGAUCUACAACGCGCCAUAGCCAUGUCCUUGGAGGAGCCAACUGAUGACGACCGAGGAGGCGGAGGAUGGCUGGCUGAAGGAGCACCAGAAGUACCCGCCGAGGAGUCUGCAGAGGAGGAUGGAUUCGACCUACAAGCUGCCCUUGCAGAGUCAAGGCGAACUAAGCUCAAGCCCAAAACGAAUGUCAGAGACCGGAGUCCGACGUCGUCAAAGAUCACAAGCACUGCCGCGCCAAAAUUUGAUGGCCCGUUGCCCUUCGAGUCCCUCAACCUCGGACAAUCACUGCUGGGGAAGAAGAAAUCCAAGAAAAUCGAGGAAGAUCUAUCAGGUGGAUUCGAUCGAGAUCUUGGAGAAGAUGCAUUUCGUAAGGAGAGGCCUCCUCAGCCAUUGCCGGAAUGGUUCAAUGCCACUCCAAAUGUCAAGGAUAUGAAAUCGAAAACUGCACCUACAGAAGAUUCAUAUGAUCUGCACAGAGAGGAAAAUGCGGAUCUAUGGGACACCAUACGACGCCACGACACCAAUGAAGUGAUCGACCUGGAGGCUGAAGAUGACAAAGGCAGAAGUCAACAGCCAAUUGAUCUUGAAGAGGAAACUGUUCAGGAGGAAGCUCCACUGUUGACCCAACCAUCUGAGGAACCUGUCGAUGAGCCUGUCCCUCCCAGCGGACCUGAAAUUGCUGUAGUUCAAGAGGUUGAAGAUCUCGAAAGACGGAGAAGAGACGAAGAGCGCGAGAAGCGAUACGAGCUUGGACGACAAAUUGCAGCCGAAAACCAACCCGAGGAAGAGCCACCACCGACGAUGGGCGAGAUUGCUGAAGACAUACAAGCAUCACCGCCUCAACCGUCUGCUGUUCCUCAGUAUUUGCCUGAGCCGGCUGGUACUGAACAUGUCGCGGCGAAUGAAAGUGAUUUUGAGGAAGUCGAAUGGAGUGAGUCGGACAAUGAGCAGCCUGUACAACCAGCGAGUCCAGGAUCGCUCGGUACUGUCGAAGAGGAGCCUUCCCCGCGCCAAAACGACACCGCAACUGCCGCCCAAGAUGAAGACGAAGGUGAGGAAUUUGAGGAUGUCGAAAUGGAGCCUGCAGUUGCGUCAAAUCAAGGCCGAAUGUCGACGAAUGAUUUCCCAGUGCGGCUUUCAGGACUGAGCGAACAACCCGUUGCAGAAUCGGGCAUCACGGAAAUUCCAGACGCGGCGCAAAUCGAAGAAGAAGACUUCGAUUAUCUCUCUGCCUCAGAGGAAGAGUUGAUGCGCCAGCUAGCCGAAGAGGCUGAAGAACACACCCGGUUCACAUCCGCCCUCAAUCAUGCCAAAGGUCCCUCGACUGAGCAAGCUAUGCGCGAUUUCGAUGCUGAACUCAAAGCCUUGCGGUCCCAACAGAAACGCGACCGUCGAGAUGCCGACGAAGUCACGCAGACUAUGAUCCAAGAAUGUCAAGCACUGCUGAGAUUGUUUGGCCUGCCGUACAUCACCGCACCAAUGGAGGCUGAAGCGCAGUGUGCCGAACUUGUCCGCUUGGGCCUGGUGGAUGGAAUUGUCACAGACGACUCAGAUAUCUUUCUCUUUGGAGGAACCAGGAUAUACAAGAACAUGUUCAACGCGGCGAAAUACGUCGAGUGCUAUCUCUCCUCAGAUCUUGAAAAGGAAUUCUUGCUGGACAGGCGGAGAUUGAUCAGGUUCGCGCAUCUAUUAGGCAGUGAUUACACCGAGGGUGUUCCUGGCGUUGGACCUGUGACUGCGCUAGAGAUUCUCACCGAUUUCGAGAAUCUAGAAGAAUUCAAGGCGUGGUGUGAGAAGAUCCAACUUGGCAGACCCCAGGAUCUGGAAAACCAACUGACUACCCCUUUUCGACGGAAAUUCCGCAAGACGGUACAGAAACGUCUGUUUCUGCCAACAGGAUUCCCCGACUUAAGGGUGGAUGACGCAUACCUCAAUCCGGAGGUCGACUCAAACCCGGAACCAUUUCAAUGGGGAGUGCCGGAUUUGGACAAAUUACGAGGCUUCCUGAUGGCGACGAUCGGGUGGUCGCAGGAGAGGACCGAUGAGGUUCUAGUCCCGGUCAUUCGGGAUAUGAAUCGGCGAGAAGUGGAGGGCACGCAGAGCAACAUCACCCGAUUUUUCUCGGGAACGGUUGGUGUCGGCGGACGGGGCAUCAAUGGAAACCCAGGAACACAUGGCAAGGCACUUGCUGUCGGCGGCGAGGGUGUUGGGCAGGCUCGAGCGCAAGCGGAAGCGAUGGCGCCCAGAAAUCGCACCGGCAAAGAGUCUGGACGGAUGAGAAAUGCAUAUAAAAGGCUCAGGGGAGAGGCAGAGAAACGGCGGAAACGACGGGCUGACGGAGGGGAUGAGGACGAGGAACAGAGCGAAAAUGAGGACGAGAUUGAGGUUCUUGACGGACUCGGCGAGAUCCAAGGUAUCGAGGAAGUCGAACACCAGCCUGGCACGAAUGACAAUACUGCUGACACCUCGCCCAACCUGGUUAUGGACGGAGAUAUCGACGAUGACGGAGAAUUUGCGGGUGAUGAAGCCUCGACGAAGCGCCCUGCGGCCUCGAAGUCGAGAUCCAAGUCAAAGACCAAGGGAACAUCACAAGAUGUCACGAGGCCACGAUCAAAGGCGAGUAAGAAGGGCUCGAGGAAGAGAGUAGGUGAAGAUGGGGAAUAG